AUUGUAUACCCUGUAUGUGUGUAGUCAAAGGGUAUAAAACAAAACAACCUGAGCCAGCUAAGCAGUAAUUGUUGCACGGAAAGAUAUCAGCCAUGGUGAAAUCAGGCGUUCUGCUACUAUUUGGUGUGUUCGGUUCUUUGCAGCUGCUAGUAAUAGCACAAGAGUCUGGAUCCAAUGUCAGUGUCCUCCGUGGUCGUGACGGCAGGGAUGGGCCACGAGGAAGAGACGGACGUGAUGGAGUGCAAGGACCAGUGGGCCCAAGAGGAUCCCCCGGAAUGAAUGGACCUCCUGGUACACUCGGAGCCCCUGGUCCAAAGAGUGGGGGUGUGGUCUACACCAGGUGGGGGAAGCAUACCUGCAGAGAUGGAGCCAAUCUAGUCUAUGCUGGAGUAAUGGCUGGGAGCCGCUACCUUACAAGUGGUGGUGGGACCACACGACUGUGUAUGCCCAAUGAUCCCGACUACAUCCUCCCAUUCAUUAGUGGUGUGCAGAGCUACAGCUCACUCUACAAUGUUGAGUAUCAAGACACCAUGCGAAACCAUGGCCACGACAUUCCUUGUGCUGUGUGUGUGGUGCCCACUAAAGACCUUGUGCUAAUGGUACCCGGCAAGAGCUCUUGUCCAGCUGGAUUCACGAGAGAGUACUAUGGCUACCUCAUGUCGGAGAGGGUGCAUAUUGCUCAUAAACGAUCUACAUUCGAAUGUGUUGAUAAAGAUCUCGAGUCUGUACAUGGAAGUUUUAAGUAUCAGGCACAUGGUCUGUUUGGUCCUGUUGAGGCUGUGUGUAAUGCACUUGCUUGCCCUCCUUACAACAACUACAAAGAGAUCAACUGUGCUAUGUGCACAAUGUAGCUGCUCCGUUAAAAACUAUAUAGUUUAUAUAUAUGAACUGUAUGAUAGAACACUGAUAUAGAGUAUUUAAUCAGUAUAAGGACUAAUACGUUCACUAUUGUUCAAAACGUUUGUAAGAUUGAUUAAAAAUUAUAGCAACCUAAUAA